AUGGGAUCGACUGCUGAAGACUUCGUUAUCAAGCCUAUGAAAGGCGAACACGGUUUUGGAGCUGAAAUUUACGGCCUCGACGUCAACAACAUUACAGAUGAACAAGUCGACAGACUGCGCGAUACCAUCCAGCGGUAUUUGCUGGUGGUGCUCAAACAUCAACACGAUGAGACUCCGCAAAAGAACUGGGAGCUUCUCAACCGCCUCAGUCCCGAUGCCCCAAAGUUCACACCGGAAGAGUGGGCUCUGAUGUACAACCCAGACCCACAAGGUGCUGGUAUCCUCCCUAAGUUAGGAUACCUCGUGCUCCCAGGGACUGAGCGCCUCUUUCUGAUGGGCAAAGGCUAUCAGGGCGAGGAUCACUGGGGUCUCAAAGAUAUCGACAUUCCCGAAGUGUUUGCAGAUGCUUACUACUCCAAGCCUCUGCCACAUGAGGACUACCACAAUGGCGUGGCACGCUUUCAGUCGUGGCACAUCGACGGUCCAUCUUAUAAAAUCGACCACCCCAUGUUCACAUCCUUCCGCAUCAUCAAGUUUCCGGAGGGCGAGCAGACAGUUGACUGGGCUGAUGGCUCCGGCUUGACUAAAAAAGUCAAGGCCGGUCGCACUGCCUUCUUCAGCUCAGCCAAGCUCUACGAUAUGUUAACCAAGGAAGAGCAGGCAAUCGCUGAUUACAGCUGGGCUGAGUAUAUGUACUUCCCCUACGAGUGGAUUCUUCGUUGCCGUGGAAACCCUCAAGGCUUGAACGUCGCCUGUGAGGGUAGGGAGGUACCCGAUGAGCAAAUGGAUGCCAUGCCCAGGAAUCCCGAGGAUCAGCUUGUCCUUCCACUUGUUUGGGUGAACCCAGUCACCGGCGGGAAGCACUUUCAUGUGCAGCCUAACAUUGUGCGCCGGGUCUUUGUCCGCAGCGGACCCGACGAGGAGCCCAAGGUCAUUGAUGACGUGAAGGAAGUGAGAGAUUUCUUCACCAAGUUUCAGUAUCGCAUCAUUCGACCAGAGAACAUUUAUGUUGGCCCAGAAGAAGAAGGAGACCAGUUGUUGUUCUUCAACUGGGGUGUGAUGCACUCCAAGAUUGAUUACCCGAUCGAGAUGGGCACUCGGACUACUCAUCAGGGAUGGCUGGCCGGAGAUCGUCCUCCAAAGGGACCUGUGCCAAUUCCAGACCCCCGCGCUAGGUCAAACAUCUAUUAUCAGAAGUGA